AGUAGCCCUAAAUUUUGGUGCGGGCCGGAUUAAGCGAUCCGAGGGCUGUCCCGGAGAUAGGGCGGGCGGGAGGAGGAGUUUAGCCUCUCUUUUAUAAAGUAACCUCGGCCCCGCCCUCCCGGUGUGUGGUUUCUGCUCCUAGGUGUGCCCGGUACCUGUGCUGCAGCUCGGUGGAGUGAGCUGGCUGGUUGUUUUCCUUUCCUUUUCGCCCAUGGCUUCGGUGACCAGAAGUGUGUUUGGGGACCUCCCCGGUGGAGCAGGGAUUGUAGAGAAGUUCCAUCUGCAGUCAGACCAGCUGAGAGUGGAGAUUAUCUCCCUGGGCUGCACUAUCACCGCACUGGAGGUGAAAGACAGGGAUGGGAAAUUCUCAGAUGUGGUGCUGGGCUUUGCCGAGCUGGAAGGGUAUCUCAAGAAGCAUCCAUACUUCGGAGCAGUAGUUGGACGAGUGGCCAACCGAAUUGCCAAAGGGACCUUCACCAUGGAGGGGAAAGAAUACAAGUUGGCCAUUAACAAUGGACCUAAUAGUCUACAUGGAGGACUGAAAGGCUUUGACAAGGUCCUUUGGACCCCUCAAGUGCUACCAAAUGGUGUUCAGUUCUCCCGGAUCAGUCCAGAUGGAGAGGAAGGCUACCCUGGCGAGCUGAAAGUUUGGGUCACGUAUACGCUCGAUGGGGGACAGUUAAUAGUGAAUUACAAAGCCCAGACCAGCAGCACCACACCGGUCAGUCUGACCAACCACUCGUAUUUCAACCUGGCGGGCCACGGCUCUCCGAAUAUAUAUAAUCACGAAGUUUGUAUAGAUGCUGAAGCUUUUUUGCCUGUUGAUGAUAACCUGAUCACUACUGGAAAAGUGGAAUCUGUGCAGGGCACUGCAUUUGACCUGAGGAAGCCGGUGGAACUUGGAAAGCACAUGGAGAAGUUCCAGAUUAAUGGUUUUGACCACAACUUCUGUCUGAAAGAUACACAGGAGAAGCGUUUUUGUGCAAGGGUCUAUCAUCCCCGAACUGGACGGAAGCUAGAAGUAUACACAACCCAGCCCGGGGUUCAGUUUUACACAGCCAAUUUCCUGGAUGGAACACUGAAGGGAAAGGGGGGUGCCGUGUACCCCAAACACUCAGGUUUUUGCCUUGAGACCCAGAACUGGCCAGAUGCAGUCAACAAGCCACAUUUUCCUCGUGUACUGCUCCAUCCAGGUGAAGAGUAUAAUCACACUACUUGGUUCAAUUUUUCUGUGGCUUAAGGAGGGUCACAUUGGCCCUACCAGAUGAAGAACACAGGCAAUGGAAAUCCGUCGAAAGCCUCUUUGGCCACCGAAGUCUUAGGAGCUAAAAGUAAUCGACCGGAUUGAAGUAAUCACAGUGAUAGAUGUUAGAUUAAUUAGUCAGAUUCUUAAGUACUGGUGAUCUUCUAAAAUGACUAACUCCAGGCUAUGCUUGAAGGUCAACUCAGUUCCCUGUGCUAAUGAAGGGAGCCAGAAAUAAUAAGGAAUACCAUUCACUGCAAUCCCAAGUCUCUCCCUCUAGACUUGGUGGAAGUAACUGGGGGCAUUAGUACUCUGAGGACCAGGGACAGUGAAGGCAAUUGUUGAUGGCCAUCACCAUUUAAAUCUUCUUGUCUUUAUAUUUCUUUCUUUUCCUUUCUCUUCUUUCCUUUUUCCUCUCUUUUUUCUUUCUUCUCUCCCUAUGCCUAAGGGCAUUACUUGUGGAACUCUUAAGUAAAAGAGUUUCUGGCUCCUUUUUUGGCUAUUUCAUCCUUUUUUCCCCACCUGCCCUUCAUAAAAAUUGCUCCCAAGUAGCAAAGAGAUCUGAGCAAGGUAUAUGAGCUACUUGUACUUUUGCCUUUAAUAUGGUGGGGGUGAUUGGUUUAACACCAGGGGUGGGGAACCUGAAGCCCUCUAGGUCCUCAGGUUCCCCAGUGUUCUGUAAAGUUUGGAUUCAGUCAAAGGGCUGGACUUGAGGAUCCUGGUUUAACCCAACGCCCCAAGGCCAGCAAAACUUGAAACUGUGUAGCGUCUUCCUCAGUAGUCCGCUUUAGUGUGAGUGAAUCAGACUAAACUAAAAACUUAAUGGAGAUGACCUGUUGGUAGUAGACUAGGAUAUUCGAUACUACCUCUAAGUCUCGCUGCCAGAAACCUUAUUUUCAAGAAUGACACAAUUGCCAGUAUUUGUAUUGUGUUCAUGAUCUUUAGAAUAACAGAAAUACCAGAUGACUUUGUUAUGCACUCAUGCCCAUUCUGAAUGAAAUAAAAUUCUGCACGUUGAAAAGGCA